AUGCCCGAAAUAUCAUCCCGUCAUCGACUCCACUAUCGACAUGAUGCUCACCGUCGCCGCACCAGCAAUUACAAUACCAACAGUAAUGAGGCCAGAACACCCACAAUUCCAACAUACCAACCGCCUCUAUAUCCGCUAAAUGCAGGCGGAAAGCACGCCCUCUCCACGCUCCUACAAAAGCACUCCCAGCGCCGCCUCCUACACCACCUCCAGCAUGUAUCAGAGAAAUUAACUGAUUCCGCCGGCGAAGUGAACGAGCGGCUAACGGAUGCCCGCGCGAGAUAUGAGCGCAAAAAGAGCCGGAGGAAUGACAGCGAGAACAAUGAUGGGGGGCAUGAAGGAAAUAAUGAAGAGUACGGUAGUGGAGAUGUGGAGCUGAAUCAACUCGCGCAAAUGGAGGAGCGCGUGAAGGAUGUCACGGGGAAGUUGGAGGAGAGUAUUCGUGCGGCUAUUGAUGCGGAGGUUAGGGUGGGGGGAUUGGGGGCUAUUGUUGCUGAGAUUGCGAGGGAGGAGGGUCCUCAGGGUGAGGAUGAGGGUUUGAGUCGUGGAUCCAGGCGAGGGAGAAGGAGACCUAUUACUCGGAGUGGUGCUGGUGGCGAAGAGGAUGAGGACGAAGAUGAAGAUGAUGACGGACAGACACAGCAAGAGGAACAGGAACCUGAUCCCCCAUCUAACCCUCCCUCGCGGAAACUGGAUGAGAAGCUCACGAAGAGUUAUGACGAAUGGGCCCGACUCUCCUUAACACAGCGCUAUUCCACCCACAACACAUACAUAGGCUUCUACCGUAUCGUCCAUGAAGCCAAACACCCCUCCAACGACAUCCCACCCCUCCCCCACGCCUCCACCUGGUUCUCCCAUCUCGAACAACCCAAAAACAAUAACUCCUCAUCAACCCCAGAAACGGACUCCCAUCAACAAGACCGCGCAGCAAGCAACUCAGACGACGACAUCGCAAUCGAACGCGAACGCAUCUCCCUCAAAUGCCCCCUUACACUACUCCCCUUCAAAGACCCCGUCACCUCCACAAAAUGCCCACACAGUUUCGAGAAACAUGCUAUCGAAGAUAUGAUCCGGCGGAGCCCGAUGAUGGUCCCUGCUCCGAACCCAGGAGCAGGACAUCAGACUCACGGCCGGGAGAACCGGAAGCGUGUCCGCGCGGUAAAGUGUCCUGUUUGCACUGUUGUGUUGACGAUGGAUGAUUUCAGGGCAGAUGUGGCGUUGUUGAGGAGGGUGAGGAGGGCUGAGGCUGCUAUGCAGAGAGAGGAGGUGGAGGAGGAGUUGGAUGUGGCUGGUGGAAAGCGGAGACGGUCGAAGGGGGGAAGGAAGAGUGGGAUCACGGUUGCUAGUGAUGAUGAGGAUGAGGAUGAUAGUGAGGAGGUGGAUGAUGAAUCCGAUGAUGAUGAGAGCAGAGACGGUCGUGCCAUUAAACGACAGCUCGUCAACACAGUUCACAUUAAGUCUGAACGAGCCAUGACAGAGGAUCCCAUGGCUAUAGAUGAUGAGUAG